AUGGACGACUCGGUGCCUGAUACUCCCAUUCGGGGAAAGAAGCCUGUGCCAGGCUCCCCCGACGAAGAGGGUGACUACGAAACGAUCGCCACCUUGCCUGCGCAUACCCUCACCCCGUCGCAACAGCGAUUGACGCAGCCUACGCAGUUAGUUGAUAUGUCCUACUCACGCCCGAACAAUACCAUUGUUCAGGUUGCUGCCUCCUCACCGACUGCUCCCGUCUCCUCACCUCCCCACCGUGCCUCCCACGGCGGGCUCUUGAGCUCGCUCAUGGCCCCCUCUGGCACUUCCUUCCGUCCUCCAGCAACGACUGUUCGCCCAACAAAACGAACUCCCAACUUCGACAUGGAUGAUGGUCCAACUUACCGAGGUGGAUCCUCAGAUGACGAUGAGAAUCGCAUUGACAUCAAACCUGCGAUGUUUGAGAAGACUGUGCGAAGCCCUGAAAAAGUUGCAGAGUCGCCAGUGCGCGCCGAGACCGGGUUGAUGGAUCGCUUCAAGGAAAUAACCUCAUCUGCAAUGUACGACCCCAAUGCGACAGGCAUGAAGCGUUCUGCCGAUCGAAUGAGCCCAGCCGACGCUCCGCGAGGUGUUGCCACGAAGAAGGCCCGACAAGACGCACCCUCCCGCGCGCAACCUGUGACGGCCCAGAUUUCGACCGUGCUGGACAUUGUCGAUUUCCGAGUCCGAGUCAAGGUGGAGCGGAUUCUGAAGGUCAUGCCGACGAAUUCUGUACAAGAGUGUGUGGAUGCGCUUAUGUCUGCGAAUGGAAACUACGACGACGCCUUGAAUAUCCUCGCCAAUGAGCCUUUCAGAUCGAUAGGAAACGGAAGCCGUAAUGGCGCGAUUGAAAUCGAGUCAUCAGAAGACGAAUUGAGUGCUGAGCCUGUCCGCAACACGGGACAGAUGGCCAAGCAGAAAAUUAAGGCCCGCGGCACCAUCCAGGACAAGUGGGCUGCUGCGAAGCUACCAGUCACUUCUCAGAAAGUGGACGACGCGAAGCCUCGAGGCCGUCUCAUGCGAGGCCCACGAAGUCGGGGCUCUCCACCUCCUGCUAACACCAUUAUGAUUGAUUCAGACGAAUCACCUCCGAAGAAAAAAGCAGGCCGUCUCCAAAAAGGUCCUAGCCGUGCUCCCUCUUUCUCCCCUGAAGCAGUGUUGUCCGACUCCGAUGAUUCCGAUGUUCAAGAGGAGGAUACAUCUGGCGGUGAUUUGGCAGACAAAGUGCUGCGGUUCUUCAACACCUGCAAAACUCAUGAUCUCGCCGACAUCGCUGCGGUCCCCGAGGAGACCGCCGAGUUGAUCACUUCGCAACGCCCUUUUACUACUUUGGACCAAGUUCGUGCAGUCAGUGCUCCUGUCGAUGAUGACGCAAAACCCAAGGGCAAGGGCAGGGGGCGCAAGCCUCCCAAGCCCGUCGGCGACAAGAUUGUGGAUAAGUGCAUGGAUAUGUGGACCGGAUACCUGGCGAUCGACGCUCUCGUCGCGGAAUGUGAAGCACUGGGUAAGCCCGUGGCGGAGGAGAUGAAGAAGUGGGGUGUGGACAUCUUCGGCAAGCGUGGUGAUGGUGAACUCGAACUGACGAGCAUGGGAGGCUCCCACGAUUCUGGGAUCGCAACACCUUCGUCCAGUCAGCCGUCUCCCGGUGACGAUGAUUCGGAUGAGGACAUCCGUCCGGUUGUCAAAUCUCGCAAGUCUCAGUCGAACGGUCAAUCUGGUUUCAUCUCACAGCCAGCCGUCAUGGCCGAAACCUUGGAGAUGAAGGACUACCAGAUUGUUGGCCUGAACUGGCUGGCGCUGCUGUUUGAGAAGAAGAUGAGCUGUAUUCUCGCAGAUGACAUGGGUCUCGGCAAGACCUGUCAAGUCAUAUCUUUCCUCUCGCACCUCUACGAGAAAAACAUUAAAGGCCCCCAUCUGGUUGUCGUCCCUUCGUCAACCAUCGAAAAUUGGCUUCGCGAGUUCCAGAAGUUUUGUCCGAUGCUCUCUGUCAUGCCUUACUACGCCGGUCAAACCGAGCGUGCAUACAUCCGCGAACAGAUCGAAGAUAACCGUAACGACAUUAAUGUCGUUGUUACUACCUACACCAUCGCCAAGGCCAAGGUAGAUGCGAAAUUCCUCCGAGAUAUGGACUUCUGUGUUUGCGUUUACGACGAAGGACACAUGUUGAAGAAUUCACAGUCUCUGUUGUACGACAAACUUAUUCGCAUCAAGGCCCAGUUCCGACUCCUUCUCACAGGCACUCCGUUGCAGAAUAACCUGCAAGAGUUGGCAUCUCUGCUCGGGUUCAUCCUUCCCGGGGUCUUCAAGGACCACAGGGAGGAUCUUCAGUCCGUCUUUUCCAACAAGGCGAAGACGACCGACGAAUCGCACGCUACUCUUCUAUCAGCACAGCGUAUCGAGCGUGCCAAAUCCAUGCUGAAGCCUUUCGUCCUCCGCCGCAAGAAGCACCAGGUCAUCGACCUGCCCGCCAAGCACUCGCACGUGCAAUACUGUGAGAUGAAGCCCUCGCAGCGGAAGAUCUAUGAGCACGAGAAGGAGCAAGUCCGCCAGCUUCUCGAGGACCGUGCCGCCGGCAAGAAGACCGGCUCGAAAUCUGCCAACAUUCUUAUGAAGCUUCGUCAAGCGGCCAUCCACCCCCUCCUCGCCCGUCGCCACUACGAUGAUGCAACUCUGAAGAAGAUGGCUAAGAGCUGUUUGAAGGAAGACAAAUGGGCUGUGUCGGAUCCAAAAAUCAUCGAAGAGGAACUACAGGCUUACAACGACUAUGAGUGUCAUCAUAUGUGCCUGGAGAACCCCUCUUCACUCGGCAAAUACGCGCUCAAGAACGAGGAAUGGAUGGACUCCGGCAAAGUCGACAAGCUUCGCGAACUGCUCACUCGCUUCAUCGCCAACGGCGAUCGCACCCUGAUCUUUUCCCAGUUCACCAUGGUCAUGGACAUCCUAGAGAACGUGCUUGAGACCCUGCGCAUCGAGUUUGUGCGCUUGGAUGGCCGCACCAACGUCGAAGACCGUCAGUCCAUUCUGGACGCGUUUUACGAGCGCGAGGACAUUCCUGUCUUCCUGCUCUCGACCAAGGCCGGUGGCGCGGGCAUCAACUUGGCCUGCGCGAACAAAGUUGUCAUCUUCGACUCCUCGUUCAACCCGCAGGAGGAUGUGCAAGCCGAGAACCGCGCCCACCGGGUCGGACAGACCCGCGAGGUCGAGGUUUUCCGCUUCGUCACUCGCGAGACCAUCGAGGAGCAGAUAUAUGCCCUCGGUCAGACGAAGCUGGCGUUGGACCAGGCCGUCGCGGGCGAGGACGACGCCGGUGCGAAGAAGAACGAGGAGGCCGGGAUGAAGGCCGUGGAGAGCAUGGUCCUUGCUGAUAUGGAUAAGGAGGGUGGUGUCUAG